AUUGUUGGUAAAGUCAUCUUUGCCUUUACUGUGGAAUCCAAGCAAGUAGAACUGCAGCCAAAAGUGGGUGCAGAAUGGGCAGGAAAAGAUUUCAGAGGUUUACGUUGUCAUCUUCUUGGCUUUGAGAGGUCAUAGAAAGCUAAACAGCGAUAAGAAAGGAGCAGGUGAAAUAGCAGCUGCAGAACCUCAGUGGUGGAGGACAAGUUCAACUCUUGGUCUGUCCAUUGAAGUGUUUUUGAAAAGCAGACUGGAAAAGAUCUUAUCCAAGCUUCUGAAGAGCCAGACUGGGCAAUAGAUAAGCCUGCAUGACCCAAGAGCUGGAUUCAACCAACUCUGCAAGGAUAGGUUGACCAUCCUGACUUUUGUGAUGACCGAAGGUAGACCUCUAGGAUGUGCCAACUUACGACAGAAGUCAUCAAACCUGAAGCCAAUUGAAAAUAGACAUCUUUGGAUUUGGAGUUCUGAAACAUGCACAAAGUCCACCAGAACCUGACCUGUGAGAAUUAAACUAAACAGGGAUGCAAUAGAAAUAACUAACAUUUGCUCAGCUUCAAGGCCAUGAAGACAUCACUUCAACAAGUCCAUUGAAACAUAGCAGGAAGAACGGGUCUGAAUGGCCUUGAAGUGUAAGGGAAUUUGUAUUCUGAUUCUGACAAUCAACAUGUUCAUACAACUUCAUCCUAGUUUGCAAUAAAGAUUCUUCACUAGCCAUGAUGAGUGUUGGUGAACCUUAAGCUGAAUUCAUCCUAGGAGUCUAGCCAAGCUACACAAAGUGGGGUAUCUGUGAAUACAGAUUUACCAGGAAUCCUGACCACCUUUCCUCAGAUCUUAGACGAUGACUUCCUCCACCACACAAAAAUAUGGACUCAGAGGAGAAAAGCAGUAAGCAGAUAUUAACAAACCUUUCGUCACAACCUCACCAGCCAACGGGCUGAAUCAGAGAGCCCUCGCGCGAAGGAACCCAAACUUUUACGCCAAGGAAUACACAAACACAAUUGCAGCACAGUUUCCACGGUGAAACCAGAAACUGUGGUAGCUGCUCAAGAGAUCUGAAGGGGACAGGAAGAAGAAGGAAGGCAACAGGAGGCUGAAAACUUCUGAAAUCAAUUCCCUGUACCAUGUUCUUGAACUUAUGGCUGACAAGGCGGAAAUCAGCAGCGUGCCUCACCUUACUGAUCGGUGUCACUCUUCUGCUGUGGAAGAAGCACAUAGAUAACGAGAAUCGGGUCCCAUUAUCUGAAAGCUGGAAAUACUUAAUGGACAAGGGACUAAUGACACAGCUGACACUCAUUCAGGAAUGCCCUUGGGAACCCAAUGCUACAGCCGUGAUGGAAUAUAGGGCAGAAUUAGGAGAGUGCUGCAAUGCUUCCUACUUGCUGGUGGGAACCAAGGAAAAUACACCGCUGGGAUCAACAAUACAUUUAGAUGGUCACCGAAGGAAAAAUAUCACUGCGUAUUCUGAGCUGGUAAAUCUGCUUUCAGAAAGAUCCCCUCUGGCGGGUUUCCAGUAUAACAAAUGUGCCCUCAUUGGCAAUGGUGGAAUCCUACGACACAGCAGCUGUGGACAAGAAAUCGACCAGGCUGAUCUUAUCAUCAGAUUUAAUCUGCCUCCUAUGAAUUAUACCGAAGAUGUGGGAACCAAGACAAGCCUAGUGACCAUUAACCCCAGUAUUUUGAAUAAUAAAUUUCAAAGCCUGCAGGGUCCACAGAAGCCUUUUCUGGAUGCUCUUCAGGCCUAUAGAGAUGCCCUUUUCCUCAUUCCUUCGUUGUCCUUCAGCUCUCAUCAUGUUCUUGGCUGCCGUGCUGUGUCCAUCAUGAAAGAUUCUGGCCUGACCCACAGGGCUUUCUUCCUCCAUCCACACUACCUGGGUGCCAUUCGUAAGUAUUGGGAACAGAAAGGAUUGAAAGAAAUCCGCCUGUCAACUGGCUUUCUGUUCAUCAGCAUAGCUCUGGAGUUCUGUGAGCACAUCACUCUCUAUGGUUUCUGGCCAUUCUCAUAUGACCUCACUGGUGAACCCCUCAGUCAUCACUACUAUGAUAACAUAUUGCCAAAUGCUGGAUUUCACACCAUGUCCGAAGAGUUCUUACAUUAUCUCAAUAUGUAUGCCCAGGGUGUUCUGCGCAUACAACUUGGCAAAUGCCAGUGAGAGUUGGCAGGUAGGGCAAUUUAUCCUAGCCCAUGGAUGAACUGUCCAAAACAAGAACAGCCAGUCUGCAAUGCUCAGCAAAGCAUGAACAUGAUAAUGCGGGAUUUGGUGCCGGCAAGAAAAAAAUACUCUGCCAGGGUCCUGCCAAAAUAUGACUUUGCAUACAUGAUUUUCUUCUAGAAUAACAGCAGCUCUUUGUAUUCCUACACAUCUGAUGUGCAGAACAGCAGCCUUCGCAAAACCUGGAAAUUAAGGGACAUGAUGGGGAAACAAAUCACUGUUAAUGCUUCUAAAAAUGAAAUGAA